AGCGAUGCCGACGCUUCCCACGCACUAUGUUGGAGUGAGUGUAGGGAGUUGUUCGCGUAUUUCGUGCUGAAAAUCACCUCUUAUCGCGAUGUGACCAACGUGAACAGUAAACCACCACCUCGGAUUACCAAAAGUGUGGAAUCGUAUCGACCCGUCGAUUAUCGACGAGUUGUUGGAACAGUGUGGGGGUGUCACGCGCGGCCUCGGCAUCCAAUCCCCUGAUGACACCGUGCGCGCGGCGAACGCACCUGGCAGUGGCCGCGCGCUCUCCACUCACCACGAGGCGCGCGGGGCGAACUACCUCAACGACGCACUGGUUUGAAAAGCUAAUGUUUAUUUUUUACGCGCUUUGAUUGGACGUGCAAUUGGGGAUUGUUUUCCAAAAUGGCAACGGAGCAAUGCCCCUGGUGGGGUUUAUUAUCGACGCUCAGCGAGGGGCAACUUUUAGUCCAGUGGAGGCGGAGGGGAGACCAGUAACAUGGAGGAGACCACCACGCUGGACAUCGAGACCCUGAAGGAGCAGUACAUCCCCGGGCCCCAGAGCCUGCACCUCCAGAGAGCCCCUGUCCCCAAUGACGUCAUCUACACGGUGGGCCUGUACGGCUGGAGGAAGCGCUGCCUCUACUUCCUCCUGCUGCUCUUCCUCGUCACCAUGAUCGUGAACCUGGCCCUGACCGUUUGGAUCAUCAAGGUCAUGAACCUGUCCACGGGCGGGAUGGGGAACCUCCAGCUGAGCCAGGACGGGAUCCGCCUGGAGGGCUUCUCCGAGUUCCUGCUGCCGCUCUACGUGAAGGAGAUCCGGUCCCGGAGGGACAGUGCCUUGGUGUUGCGGUCGGAGAGGAACGUGACACUGAAUGUCCGAAACAGCCAGGGCCAUCUCACGGGCCAACUGACCGUGGGGUCGGACUCUGUGGAGGCCCAGUGCCGGAGGCUGGAGGUCCGUAGCCGUGCCGACGGCCAGCCGCUGUUCAGCGCCGACGCCGACGAGAUCCGCAUCGGGACAAGGACCUUCACCGUCACGGGGUCGGAGGGCGCCGUGUUCCGGCACUCGGUGGAGACGCCGCUCAUCCAGUCCAGCGCCUCCGAGGAGCUCAAGCUGGAGUCCCCCACACGGACGCUGACCAUGGGGGCCCCGCGGGGGGUGGAGGUCACCUCGGCCCACGGGGCCUUGACCGUCGGCGGACGCAAGGACCUGCAGCUGCAGUCCACCGAGGGAGAGAUCAUCUUAGACGCCGCCACGGUUCGCCUCGCCAGCCUGCCGCUCGGUGUGUUCGCGCCAGAGCCUCCGGGACGGGCGUCGCCGCAACCGCCGCCGCCGCCGCCGGCGGGACAGGCCACGUACGAGGUGUGCGUCUGCCCCAGCGGCAAGCUGUACCUCUCCCCCGCCGCCAGCAGCUCCACCUGCCAGGCCGUCAGCAACAUCUGCCUCUGGAGCUGACCUGGCAAGGGGGGGGGGGGGGGGGAGAUGGAGGUUCCUGAUGGGGUGCUGUCUGUGGCCACCCCUGUCGGGUGUGGUGGUGGUGGUGGUGCAGGUGGAGGAUGCAGAAUGGACUGCCUGCUGAAAUGGCGGCUUGAAGGCUUAGUUAUAGUUCCAAGUCGGCGCAACGCAAAUGGGGUUGACGGACGCAUUACAUCCUUGCGGACCCUCCUUGCGUCCGCCUCAAGGGCCAGACGCUCGCCUCCAACAAAAUGUCAAGGUGAAGUGGAGGCGGCGCAGAGGCAAGGGCUGCGAUUGGUCCGCUCACUAAAACCUGAUGCGGAACCAAAACAAGUUCACGACUGCGUCGAAGCGUCUGCGCGGUCAUUGCGUUGCGUCGACGUUGAACCAUCACUGAGCCUUAUGACUUCACAGUGAACUGUACCGGUUCCCGACGCAAGAUGUUUCGAUCGAUGAAGGAGGGAGGAGUUGGAAUAGUAUGGAAUAUCUGGAGAAGCUCUCCUCGGCCGCAGGAGACGUCAAAGGGACUAACAAACACUCGUGCCUUCAGACGUGGAAUGGAACGUUUGAGACUCGCGUUGAACCUGACUCCGUUUAAUCAGGGAAAUCAAAACAAUUUCGGAUAGGAUUGAGGGGAUGCAUUUACAAACCGUGACAGUCCUUGGCACUCUAUAAUAAGCUAUGUCAAUUGAGACACUUCUGUUUUUGUAUGUGUUGUUUGAUGUAUCGAUUGGAAAUGGUUGAUAAAGAGAGACUCUGGCAUAACUAAGCUCAGUGAUUAUUAUGAAUGCGUGUGUGUGUGCCAGUGGAAGAAACACACCUAGCCUGUGCGUGAUUGAAUGACUUAUCAUUUUCCAGUCAUCAAGCUCCACAGAUCUACCCCUGAGUUGCGAGUUCCUUUCCAGUUAACUUCAACCCCCAACUCCUGAAGAAUCAUGACCGAUCAGUACA